AUGGACAACCAUGUCGCCGCAAACGUGUUCGGCACAUUGGGAGCUGUGCUAUGGUCGCUUCAGCUGCUGCCCCAAAUAUGGAAGAAUUGGCGACGGCAUGACAGUGAAUCCUUGUCCGCAGCUUUCUUCCUAUCCUGGGCCAUGGCCGGAGUUCCCCUCGGCGUCUACAAUAUUGCAGACAACUUCAAUAUUGCUCUGCAAGUUCAGCCGAAUAUCCUCAUCUGCCUAAGUCUUGUCACGUGGUCCCAAUGCAAGUACUACGGAGACAACUGGAGCCUGAAGAAAACAGUACCUGUUGCUAUAGUUAUAGGUGCAGUUCUUGGGGGCGCCGAGGUCGGCCUCGUCUUUGCGCUCCGUGUGGCCUUCCAACGAGGCCAAAAAUGGCCUUCUACACUAAUGGCUAUCCUUUCCGCUGUUCUCCUUGCGGCGGGAGUGCUACGCCAUUACGUGGAUAUGUUUAGAACACGGUCAGAUGCAGGCCUGUCGCUCAAAUUUGCCCUCCUUGAUGCGAGCGGAGAUGUGGCGUCGAUUUUGUCUGUGAUCUUUCAGCCUUCACUAAGUAUUCUGGGACUAGUCAUUUACGGCACAGAGUUUGUCAUAUGGCUGGGGCUGAUGAUCAUUCUAUUAUAUUUUCGGGCUGCACAGCGAAGGAAGGCAAGAGACAUUCGAGCGGAUGGACCGUCCGAUGCUGCGAGUAACUAG